AUGAGGGGAGUUGGGAGGAAGUGGGAGAUGUGGCGGAAGAGUGUCUAUGAUUUUUUUAUGGAUGUCAGUGGGGAUCAGUUCAUUUUUGGAACCUUGGUGGAUAUUGUAUCUAGUGCUACAGUACAUAUUGGUGUUGUGUAUGCCUCUAAUCACGUGAGCGAGAGGAGGAACUUGUGGUCUCAGUUGAUUGAUGUGUGUGUCUCGUGGCAGCUUUCUGGAGAUGUUUUAGGGGAUUUUAAUGCUAUUCGUAGUAGUUUGGAGGAUUUUGGUGGUUACCCUAGCUUGAGGGAGAUGGAUAAGUUUGAUGGGGCGUUAUUGGAGGCGGAUCUGGUUGAGAUGGGUGUGACAGAGGUUAAGCCGCCUCCUACAUAUCGCUAUUUUUCUCAUUGGAUGGAGGCUGAUGGUUUUAUUGAUACUACCAGGUCAGUGUGGAGAAGGUCCGAGGAUGUGUCUCAUAUGGUGGCUAAGCAGAUUAUGGAGGCUACUCAGGCUGAGUUGGAGAGAGAUUCUGUCUUCGAGUCGAUGUGUUCUGAGGUAGCUCGGGCCACUGAGGUGUUCUGGUUAGUGGCUAGAUUAGAGGAGGCGUCGCUCCGACAGAAGGCCAAGGUGAGGUGGUUGGAGUUAGGUGAUAUGAACACGACAUUUUUUCAUCGUUGUGUCCACUCUCGACACAGUUGCAGUGGUUUAUUUACGAUUGUGGACGCUGGAGGGACUCGCUAUAGUUAUGUCGAGGUGGCGGUAGAGUUAUGUCGAGGUAGUUUGGGGUCUCAGCCUAUGAGGUAUAGGGAUCUUACUGCCCAGAUUGAGGAUAUCGUGCAGUUCAGUUGGUUCGAUGAAGGGGUGAAGGCGCUUGGUCGCCUAGUGAGUCAGGAUGAGAUUCAAAAGGCUUUAUUCUCGAUGAUGUCUGGGAAGGCUCCUAGGCCUGAUGGGUUUUCGGUGGAUAUUUACAGAGCUGCAGAGUGUGAUUGGGGAUGA